AUGUCUCUCAAGCGUCCUCGCUCGCCCUCGCCCAUUGACGACCAACCCAUCUUCCGCAGUGCCCCAGUUGAAGACCGUGCCUCCAUCUUCACCGCCACCUACUCGCCCACCCUCUCCGCCCGCGCCCUCCAAACCCAGCCCGACUUCAAAUCCGCCAGCCAUCGCAUCGCCGCCUGGCGCAAACCCACGGCCCAGCGCUCUCUCGUCAAUACCGCCGUGCGCAUCUACGAGACCGGCAGCGAUGACGAUGGCGAAAAGUACGCCGGCAAGCGCCUGGAGAAGGUGCUGGAGGGCAUGGAAGCCGAAGGCGCCGUCGUCGUCGCGCGCUGGUACGGCGGCGUAAUGCUAGGCCCCGUGAGGUUUUCGCAUAUUGAAAAUUGCGCCCGGCAGGCGAUACGGCUGUGGAGGGCCAAGGCUGCGGAGGCGGAGAAGGCGGAGAAGGCAGAGGCGACAAAGAGACAGAAGGUCGAGGACGAGAGGAGCAAGGAGGCCCUGGUGCGGACUUUGGCCGAGAGGGAUCAGAGCAUCAACGUCCUGAGGGGCUUGUUGGCGGACAAGAAAGGGACGGCUCAGCAGGCCGAUGCGCCAACUGAUACGAAGCCGCCGGCGCCCGCACCAAAGAAGCAGACGAAUUACGGCGCUAUGCCGGUUGAGGCGCUGCGCAGGCUGGAAAGAGCAAGAGACGCGACCAUUUCCUUCAUCUUGAACGAAAUCGACAAAGCGGAGGAGGGCCAAAAACGCACUAACGCAGCAGAUGGUUUAGGAGAUUCUAAUCUGCCGUCUCAGGGAGCCGAUGAGCGUACACAGACUUGUGCCACGAAACAGGAAGACGCCCAGCAGCAGCAGCCUCAGGAAUUAACAUGUUUGUUUGGGCUUUUCGGCCAGGGAUUAUAA